AAAGGGAGAGCGGUGGGGCGCAGAGAGGGAGAUGGAGGGGGGGCCAUUGGGCCGCAGGGCCGCUAUUCCCGCUAUUCCCGCUAUUCCCGCUAUUCCCCAGCGCUGCCUGGCCCCCGCCCUGCUCCAGGGAUUCGCCAUCACUUCCCUCUGCACCGCCCUGUCCGACCCCAGCUGGCUCCUACUGCAUGCCGGGAACCGCUCCUAUGUCUAUGGGGUAUCCUACGUACUGCACCGGGGCCUCAACCUGACCGCUGGGGAUAAGGUGCUGCACAAGACCUGGCUGUACCUCCUCCUCGUGAUGGCGCUCUGUUGCUACCUGAGCAUUCUGCUGGGAUCCAUUGUCUUUCUGCUGGACUUCCUAGACACCAGGAAAGCUCGGCCAGUCGUAGUGAAGGUAGCCGUCCUGCUGCACACUUCCACGGUUCUGUCGACGGCUGCCGCCGUGGCUUCGUGUUCCUACCUCUACGUCCUGCUCAUCCAGGAGAUUAAAUCUCACACCGCAGCGGUGCUGAACGGCUCGGUAGGAUUUGGAGAGAGUUUCUACUUUGCAGUCAUUGCCGGGGCGAUGUCUCUGGCUGCCGCCGCUAUCAGUUUUGUUUACGCCAGAAAUUACAGGGGUGGUGCCGUCACGGCAAGCUCCCGGCCUCUCACAGUCGAGACAUCCCCUCUCUUGUCGGAAUCGACAGACCCCGACACCCUUGGGGAGUACGGAUAACCCGGCCGCUGUGCCUCCGACUGCACUGAGAUGCCUCACUAAGGGGAACAAAACGUAUAAAGGCAGAAGCCGCACUAACUCUAGUCGUUGUGUAAUGCACUGAGGGGCUACGACCCAGUAGGGACCUGUCUGUUCAGUAUUAUAUUGUUGUGCUUGUGUUGUGUCCUGUAGUAUUAUUGCACUAUACAGGGUCGCUCUGUACCCUUGUAAUCCAAAUACAAUACCACUGGCCUUACCUGUGGAACAGAAAGCUGUGCCUCCGGGUACAUAAGCUCAUAUGCAGGGAAUGCAGCAUUAGGAAAUGGAAUUAGGCCAUAGCCGAGACUUAGCCGCUAAAUCUGUCAGCCCCAGGCACUUCUGUGUGACAGUGACCCAGUCUAUUCACCAUGAUAUGUAUAGAGCCAGCGUUGUAUCCAUGGCAACUGCACACUGUGCCUCAGCUCAGUGGGCCUUCCUCCCAGCAAUAGUACGUACAUAAGCCAGAGGGCACUACGGGUGGGUGAUAUUGGGCUUUUUGGCCCUAGGGCCAAAUGUUCAAAUAAAAUGGUGGGCAUGGGCACCGUCAGUUUGGGGACAGCAUCCCAAAUGGACGGAAAAAUCAAACCUGCCCGAUUUCAGGCCAGAUGCCAGUCGGGCCGGCACGUCACUGGUGCCCAUACACAGGCAGAUAAGCUGCUGAAUCGAUCUAAAGGACCAAUAUCGGCAGCAGAAAUUGGGCCGUGUAUGGUCUUUAGUCAGCCAUGAUUGGUCUCUGCUACCGCGGGUGUCUAACAGCUCCAAAAUGCCUUUCCACUGGCAACUGGUGGCAUGGCCUAUGCAUUGCUUUAGGUUUCUAAAGUGGUGUGAAGUUGCCCGCAGGAGGGAAGCCGAAGUGAUGCGUGGGUCUUCCCAACAGCGACCCCUGUUGUUGUUGUUGGUGGAAAGGCAUUUUGGAGCAAUUAGUCGCCCGCGGUAGUAGAAAUCAAUCAUGGCUGACUAAAGGUGGCCAUACACGGCCCAAUUUCAGCUGCUGAUAUUGGUCUUUUAGACCGAUUUGGCAGCUUAUCUGCCCGUGUAUGGGCACCACCGUCGUGCCGACCCGACAUCUGGACUGAAAACGGGCAGGUUUGAUUUUUCCGUCAGUUUGGGGACCGCAUCUGCUCAUUGAUGCGGUCCAAAAACCGACGGCGCCUAUGCCCACCAUUUUAUUUGAUCAUUUGGCCCUAGGGCCAAAAAAAUCAGAUUAGCCCGAUAUCGUCCCCCCGUUGGUGGACAUAUCAGGAGAAGAUCCAAACGAGCGGGUUUUAAAGUAUAUGGCCUCCUUUACUUGCUCCCUGGGCCAAUAAAAUUCCACCAAACUGUUAUGGGUGUUUAAUAAACUGAUUCCUGAUUGUUA